CGCCAUCUUGCUAAAGGAAGGGAAGGGACCGUGCAAGGAGGAGGAAUCUAGGAGGAACUGUUAGGAAACUCGUGAUCUGGCCUUGGCGGAUGAGUGUAGGAAUGUAGCGUGACUUCACGCGUCAGAAAAGGCUUGAAGACUUUGUCUUGGUAAAGAGAGCACUGAGCUCGGGUUUGCUUCUGGUAGCGGAGACGCCGUACCAAGGUGGCGCUUGCACGGGGCCGGACUGGGGCGGGAAGAGCGAGCGCCCCCGCGGGCCCGGGUGCUGCCGGCCUGACCCCAGAGCCAGAGCGGGUGCAGAAUUGGGGCGAGGGUUGGUAUAGGGCGCCUCUCUCCACAGCCCUGCCUUCGAGUGGAAUUUGAAACUUGGCCCUGGUUCUUUUCCCAGGAAGAGGUCUUGUUUGCGGUGCAGGGCACAGCGUGUAAACAGCCCUUUGGACUCCCUAUGUCCUUCAGCCCCCCAGGCCUGGCUUCCUUCAUGUCAGCACAUCACUGGUCCAGCAGACUCGAGCGGCAACAAGACAGGAGCAUCCUGGACUCUGACACAGGAGAAAAAAAGAGUACAGGGCCUGGAGGAAGGACAUCUGGAUUCUGAUCCCAGCUCCCGCUCCUCGCCGCUACCAGCUGAAGCCUCUGGACAAGGGACUGCACCAUCCUCCUCUCUCAGCAAGGGGGCUCCAGAGACUGCCCCAGCCAGGAAGUCUGGUGGCCUGGGCAUUCGGACAGUUCCUUGGUAAUGUACAGGGCUCCGGGAAGAGAUGUCCUUGUGGCUGGAGGCCCCUGUGCCUGACGUUUCUCCUGGCUCAGACUCCGCUGUGGAGCUGUGGGAAGCAGAUGCACAAGAUGCAAGCAGCCAGGAGCUGGGAGGCAGCAACUUCACCCUCAGGGAGGAAGCCCGCGUGCCCCAAUCAGCUAGGAGCACUUUGGGGGUGGGGCUGGAGGCAGCAGAGCCCACAUCCCUGCACCCUGGGGUGGAGGCCCCUCCAGAGUCCACAGAGCUCCGUCCACAAAAGCGGAAAAAAGGGCCAGCCCCCAAAAUGCUGGGGAAUGAGCUGUGCAGUGUGUGUGGAGACAAGGCAUCUGGCUUCCACUACAACGUGCUGAGUUGCGAAGGCUGCAAGGGAUUCUUCCGCCGCAGUGUCAUCAAAGGGGCGCGCUACGUCUGCCACAGUGGGGGCCACUGCCCCAUGGAUACCUAUAUGCGUCGCAAGUGCCAGGAGUGUCGCCUUCGCAAAUGCCGCCAGGCUGGCAUGCGAGAGGAGUGUGUCCUGUCAGAAGAACAGAUCCGCCUGAAGAAACUGAAGCGGCAAGAGGAAGAAAAGGCUCAGGCCACAUCCUUACCUCCAAGGGCAUCCUCACCUCCCCAAGUCCUGCCCCAGCUCAGCCCAGAGCAACUAGGCAUGAUUGAGAAGCUGGUAGCUGCCCAGCAACAGUGUAACAGACGUUCCUUUUCUGACCGGCUUCGAGUCACGCCUUGGCCCGUGGCACCAGAUCCCCAGAGCCGGGAGGCCCGUCAGCAGCGCUUUGCCCACUUCACUGAGUUGGCCAUUGUCUCAGUGCAGGAGAUCGUGGAUUUUGCCAAACAGCUGCCUGGCUUCCUGCAGCUCAGCCGGGAGGACCAAAUCGCCCUGCUGAAGACCUCUGCGAUCGAGGUGAUGCUUCUGGAGACAUCUCGGAGGUACAACCCUGAGAGUGAGAGUAUCACCUUCCUCAAAGAUUUCAGUUAUAACCGGGAAGACUUUGCCAAAGCAGGGCUGCAAGUGGAGUUCAUCAACCCCAUCUUCGAGUUCUCCAGAGCCAUGAAUGAGCUGCAACUCAAUGAUGCCGAGUUUGCUUUGCUCAUUGCCAUCAGCAUCUUUUCUGCAGACCGGCCCAAUGUGCAGGACCAGCUCCAGGUUGAGAGACUGCAACACACAUAUGUGGAGGCCCUGCAUGCCUAUGUCUCCAUCCACCACCCCCAUGACCGGCUGAUGUUCCCAAGGAUGCUAAUGAAGCUGGUGAGCCUCCGGACACUGAGCAGCGUCCACUCAGAGCAAGUGUUUGCACUACGUCUGCAGGACAAAAAGCUUCCUCCGCUGCUCUCUGAGAUCUGGGAUGUGCAUGAAUGACAGUCCUUUUUACCCUUUUCUGUUUUCCGGGCUGGCUGUGAGGCCCUGUGGUUGCCUCCUAGAGGUGGAAUAGACUGAGAAGGGUAAACAUUCCUGGGAGCUGGGUAAAGGAGAUCCUCGUGUGGCAUUAAAGGAGAGUCAAAGG